AUGGCUACAAACUCACAGACCAGCUUCGAAAGGUCUCUAGAUCUCUUUCGACGAGAGCUUUCUGAUGAUCAGAUCAAGCAAAUGGCCGGAGUCAAUCAGGAGACUCUGAAAGCCACGAUCCAGGCGACUCAGAAUAUACUGGGGCGCAGAAAUGACCUUUGCAAACUGUCCCGAGUCCAGAGAUUUCUCCACGCUAUGGAGCAUGUUGAGAAGCUUGUCUCAAUAUUCCUCAAUGCGAGUGACUUUGUGGCUUUUGUUUGGGGACCGAUCAAGCUGGCGCUUAUGGUUGCCACCACUUGGACAGAGGCUAUCAGGCAGCUAAUUGACGCUUACGAAGAAAUCGCAGAAGCGCUAGGUAAUCUUGCCUUCUUCCACAACCUCAUUCAGAGUAGAGAUCACUUGAAGUUGGUAUUGGAGGAUUAUUUCUCCGAUAUCCUUCGAUUUCAUCGAUGUGUUCUUAACGUCUUUUCUUUUCCAGAAUGGAGGAGAAUGUAUAGAUGGGCAUGGGGAAGCUUUCGGCGCGAAGUCAAGCCUAUUCUCGAAAGUCUCAGACGUAAACAGACUCUAUUAUCAGACGACAAACUGCAAUCCCAUGCUAUCUUGAAGGAAGUUCAAGACUCCGACCAGUACGCUAAGGGCCAGUUCAGUAACCUGCAGGCCAGUCUUGAAAACAUAAGAUCCACUCUAGCUUCUGAGCAGUUGCAGAGCAAGACGCUGCAAGCUCAAGAAAUGAAGACCUACUUGGAGAGUCGACUGUACGUUUCAAAAUCUCGAACUGAUCCUCAGUUCGAAUCGCGGGAUCCUGUCCAUGAAACUUCUGGCCUUUGGAUAUUUUCUGAUCCAACUUUUAAACAGUGGGAAGGAGGGAAGUCUGCAGAGAAUAAGGUCUUGUUCCUCAAUGGCUCCCCUGGUUCUGGGAAAUCCACCUUAGCAAAGACAAUUAUUCGUUAUCAAAAACAGAAACAAUCUUCCGAGUCCUCUGGACGAAGCUUCUUAGCUUAUUUCUUUUUCAAGCACGAUGUAGCGGAUCGGAGAACGGCUCGUUCUAUGCUGCAACAUCUCAUCAUGCAGCUCGUCAAUGCAGACGAAACCAUAAUGAGAUUCGUCUAUGAGAAGCUCUCCUCCGUGGAAUCCACUGAACUAACCGACCUGAAGAAACUCGCAAGCGACUGCUUUACGUCUCGCCCAACAGCAACACUCGUUAUUGAUGGGCUAGACGAGGCAGUAGACAGCGAGCCUGAGGUUUCUAUCGCUUGGUGUCUAAAUGGGCUAUUGCCGGCAGCGAAAACGUGCGGUUGCGAUCUCAGGAUACUGAUUUGCGGUCAGAGGGACGGACGACUCGAUCAGCUGUUAUUGUAUGACUCUAAGAUUCGACUCGACAUGGUAGAUGCUCACCAGCACGACAUCAAGCAUUUCACGAAAAGGAAAGUCGCAGAAAUAUGUGCUAGGUUCCCAUUAACAGAACAGAAAGAGGAAGCCUUGGUUUCUAAGAUAUCAAGCGCGUCUCAAGGCAUGUUUCUGUAUGCGAGAGUUGUACUCGACCACCUCGCGGGAAUGGACUCGUUACAAGAGUUUGAAGACGAAUUGGAAGAGGAAACUUUCCCUGAAGACUUGUUUCGAGCUUAUGAUCGCAUUGCUCAGCGCAUAAUGAAGAAGCAGGGGUCUUCACGCCACAAGACUGUGAAAAAGAUUUUGGGCUGGAUCGUUUGUGCGACCAGACCCCUUCGAUGGCGAGAAAUACAGUCCAGAUUCUGUAUCGAUGCAGAUAAAGAAAUUUGCAACGCAAAAUGCCUACGCCGAGAUAGCUGUAAGAGCAUCUGCAGCUCUCUCGUUGACGUAACAAAUUGCGACAUGUUUCCCACCUAUGAAUCUGAGCAGGUUGUCACCAUGGUUCACGAAACGGCAACCGGAUAUCUUAUUCGCAAUGGUACAGUCAACUUGUUGCAGGAGCACAUCGACAUGGCACUAUUUUGUUGUCGCUACCUAUCCUCUAGGCCUUUUACCACAGGCAAGAGCCGAGACAUCAGUGCUGACAUCAAUUCGGGAUACUUUGGGUUUCUCGACUAUGCUGCUGCUAAUUAUGCUGUCCACACACAGAAGGCAGAGGCUUCGGAGGUUUCGAGAGAAUCACGUGGCAAACUGGAGGAUGUCAAAGCAGCAGCACUUGCCUUGGCUAAAGCCAAUUGCAAGGAGGUUCCAAUCCAGACUGAACACACUGGUGAUCCCAAGACAACUCAAGGUCUUGGGUCUUUGGACUUGUCCAUUCAAGAUAACGUGCUCGUUGUGCGAACCUUGAUAGGCCUGCAAAGAGAGAAGUCUGAGACCGCCAUUCUCAAUGCAAUUGAGGGGCCAAUCAGACACAAGUGUCACAAGAUUCAAUGCUCAAAGUUUGCCACGGGAUGUCCUACUGAACCUGCACUCAAAGAACACUUGGCAGUACAUGAGAGGCCAUUUAGGUGCCCACAUACUGAUUGCUUUGCGCAUACGGUUGGCUAUGCUUCCUCACAGCGACUAGAAAGUCAUAAUGAGGCAUUUCACCAAAGCGAGUCCAGGAAAAAAGCCGUUUUCCCUGCUGACCUUGAGACUGGAGAAUGGAACCUUUACGAAGCUUGUAAAGCCGGUGAUCUUGACGAAGUUAAAAGAUUUCAUCGUCAGGGAGCUAAUCUCAAGAGCUUUCGCCCAAAGCUUGACUCGCCGCUGUGUGCAGCGGUCGACGUGGGACAUGGUAAUAUUUGCAAGUACCUCGUCGAUAACGGAGUUGACCCCUUCCUCAAAGGAUCUAGGAGCAGGGAAACCAGGACGCCAGUCAUUGCGGCAAUAUAUCGAGAGCGUGGGGAUAUUUUGGAAUUCUUCCUGAAUAGUGGUAAUGGCAUAGACGAUAUGAAGUUUGCGAAAAGUAUUGCCUGGGCAUUACACGCGAAUCGCUCAGUCAUAUUAAACAUUCUUCUGACUAUGAAACAGCCAAAAGACCACGAAAACCUGAUCGAGCUGGUUUUGGAUGAAGUCUUAUCCCACAUCGACAUGAGAACAAUCCGAAAAGACUCUCACCCACCGGAUGCCACUCUAAUACAUACCUGGUUCCGAUAUGUUAAGCCAGAGUUUUAUGCCGAGAAUGGGGUAUACGUUGCACAGUCCGAUUGUCUGAAGUACAAGAUCUGGGGAGACAUGAUCUUUCAUCAAGAACGUGGCUUCUUGCGGAAAACGUUUCAGGGGAAAGUCUACUCUUUUGCCGCAUUUCUAAUGGAUAUCGGGGAUAAUGAGUAUCUCCAACUUAGUUUUAAGGAUGGGGAGACACCAUUACAUUACUGCAUAGAAUGGAUGUGCAAAGGGGGUUGCAGUAGCUGUAUGUCCAUGGUUCAGCGCCUUCUUCAACACAACCAUGGUGAAUUUCUCAAUCUUACGGAUGGCAAUGGCAGUCUACCUGCACAUACAGCAUUGCGUUGGGGUGCGCCGCAAGCUGUUCUGCGAGCUAUUCUAGACAAUACCAGAGACGUCAACAUCAGGGACAACAACGGGGAAAGUCUGUUACAUGUGGCAUCAUCUGCUGACUCGAUUUGCAUGUUACUGGAAAACAAGACUGUUGAUCUUUCUAGUCGAAACAACAGAGGACAGACCGCAUUCUCAACAUAUAUCGACCGUUUUUUCGUUGCCAAGGAAGAGAUUCUCGCCCGUCUUUUCAAAGCAGACCCGAAACUUGCAUGGACACCAGACAAAUCAGAGGAAGGACUUACACCACUCCAUUACGCAUUGAAACAAUUAGAGAAACCUUUCUCUUACAUUGAAAAGAAUAUAUCCACAGCCUUCAGGUUCUUACUUACAUGUUCCGAAGUGGAACAAGUCCUGGUGGAAUAUCAAGCCAAGUCGAGCGAUGCCGAUCAGAGAAAGGUACGAGACUUUGCAGAGAAGGAAAUGUUACGAGAAGCACUCAAUAUCAUGGAUGCACUUGGAUUUGGCCAUGCCUGA